AUGGUCAAGCCGGCUGGCAGUCUUUUCCUAAAACUGGUUGCCUUCGCCCUGUUGCUGCAAUGGGGUGGGGCAAACAAACCGAAUUUCGUCAUCAUACUCACGGACGACCAGGAUAUCACACUUGGCGGCAUGACACCAAUGCAGAAAGCGCAGUCCCUAAUUGGAGACAUGGGAGUUACAUUUAACAAUGCGUUUGUUACAACUCCUGUUUGCUGCCCAAGCAGAACAUCAAUUAUCAGUGGACUUUACCAGCACAAUCAUAGAACAGUUAACAACACAGAGGAAGGAAACUGUUUUGGAGAAAGAUGGAGAGAGGAGGUUGAGCCAUAUGCAUUUCCUACAGUUCUAAAUUCAGAUGGCUAUAGAACAUUUUAUGCAGGAAAAUAUCUCAAUAUGUAUGGGUACACAAGUGAAGGUGUCACACAUGUACCUCCUGGAUGGGAUUGGUGGAUUGGACUUGUUGGGAAUUCUCAGUACUACAAUUACAGCCUCUCUGUGAAUGGCACUGAAGUAAAGCAUGGGGAUUCAGAGGAAGAUUAUCUAACAGAUUUGAUUACUUCAUACAGCUUGGAUUUUCUAAGACAGAGUGACAUUCUCUCUUCUGGGUUCAUGAUGAUGCUGUGCCCCCCUUCUGCACAUGCUCCUUUCACACCUUCCAAAAAGUAUACAGACUAUUUCAGGAAUGUUACAGCUAUGAAAACACAGAACUUCAAUCUCCCUGUUGGUGAGGAUAAACACUGGCUUUUACGCAUGUCACCCAGUGUCUUACCAGAAUCUACACUGGAAAUACUAGAUGCACAUUAUCGCAACCGCUGGGAAACUUUACUAUCAGUGGAUGAUCUAAUAGAAAGUGUAAUAAUGGAGCUUGAAUCAUUAGGAGUGUUAGACAAUACUUACAUAAUAUAUACUUCAGACCAUGGUUUUCAUAUAGGUCAGUUUGCAAUGCCUUGGGACAAACGGCAGCCCUAUGAGUUUGAUAUUAGGAUUCCUCUUCUGGUGAGGGGACCUGGUAUACCAAAGGGCCAGAUUAUAUCUGAUCCAGUAUUAAACAUAGACAUUGCACCAACUGUUAUUGACAUUGCAAAUCUUUCAUCUCUGGUGGAACUGGAUGGCAAAUCAUUUAAGGAAUCCUUAGCAGGCCAGAACACAACUGGGAGAGAAUUUGUAAUAGAAUAUGUAGGUGAGGGAUCUGAUCUCACUGUUGAUGAAGAUUGCCCUCUAGUGCUGGAUAAUAAGCUCAUGUAUUGCUCCGUCGAUGGUUCUUGUAAAUGCCAGGAUUCACGUAAUAACACGUAUAGCUGUCUGCGGCGUAUAUCAGCUGCAGAAAAUAUCCUGUAUUGCCAGUUUGAUGAUGAUGAGGCUUUCAAGGAAGCAUAUGACAUCAAUGCAGACCCAGAUCAAUUAAACAACUUAGCAUACCAGCUGAGUGCAGAUGUAGUGAGUGAAUAUGAAAGUACACUGCAGUACAUGUCCACAUGUGCAGGAGCAGCAUGCAACAGUCCACCAAAACAAUGAGAGUGCUGCACAGUUGUACAAUGAUAUGCAAAAUAAAUACAAUUUUUACGUAAUAAUAAAUUUCACCUAAUAACAGAACAGAAAAAGAAGGAAGGAAUAUUAGGGUUUAACAUCCCAUAGAAACUGAGGUCACUAGAGAUAGAGCAACAGCUCGGAGUUUGUCAAGGGCGGGGAAGGAAAUUGGGCAUGCCUUUGAAGGAACCACCCCAACAUUUUUCUGGAGCAAUUUAAGGGAAGCACAGAAAACCUAAAUUUGGAUAAUUGUACACAGAUUUAAAUCAUCCUCCUCCUGAAUGUGAGUCCAGCAUGCUGACCACUAUGCAAUCUCACGUAACGAUAACAGAACAAUACUGAGAAAAAAUACUUAUACUUGGUACAGUUAAGUCAGGUAAAUGAUGCUUCAUUUGAACUACAAAAGUCUUCAUGAUGAAUGGGUGUCAUGCACACAAAAUGUGAACGGGCAACUGAUGAAUGUGCAGGUGACAGCACAAUAUCUGCACUAAUGUCACAUCAUGAGGUGCAUCCGCUGGAUGGAAUGUAGUGGCUUCCCAGCCUCAGUAUGGAGAUGAGUAUGGGGGCUUGUUCUCUAAUCUUCAGAAGUCAAUCUAAUGCUCUCUUGAUAAAUGGCAUUUAUCUUUUUUAAGAUAUGAAGAUUGUGUGAAUCCAAAUAUGCUACAACAACAACUGA